GAGGCAAAGAGCAGGCAUGAGCAUGGCCUGUGCCCAGCAAGCCCCGGUGGUUGUUCACUGCAUGUGAAUAACCCAACCUGGUAGCUCCAAGCUGGCUUUCCUGCAGCAUCAUUUUCUGUCCUGCACCCAGCACAGAAUUUUUAUUGCUCUGUGUGUCUGGUUAUGAGUUUUUAUUGAUGAGUCUGGUUUUAUUGCUGUGUGUGAGUCUGGUUAUGAGACCCCGGUUGAGGGGCUGAGGCUUUAAGUGCUACGGACUCUCCUUGCUUUGUGCAGCCUCCUCCAUGCCAUGCUGCUGAGCUUUGGGCAGACCUUGCUAGCCCUUAGUGCACUCUUCCCUGCCAGGUCACUGCUGGACAGUCGUUCUUGGGCUUCUUUGCUGCUUUGAUGGCCCAGACACCAUGACUCGGCUUCAUAGCACUACAUUAACCUGCAAAGGGAAGAGGGAGAUUCCACAGAUCCUGAUUUUCUAGGCCUCUGAUGGCCUCUUCUCCUGUGCAAGCCCAUGCCUUUGGGCCAGAUGAAAUGGCUACAGGUGGUGCCAUCUGCCGGGAGGGCACUUGGAAGUGCCUCCUGCAGGAGGAGUGCACCUCUGCUCUCUCCUGGCUCCAUCCCUCACACUUGCAUGGUAACAAAGUCGUGUACUUGCUCUCUGGGUUAUGACACCAUUUGGCUGGGAAAGGCUGUGGGGAUGCUGCAGAACAUGAGUCUACCUUACAAUGAGACUGACAAACAGGAAAAGUGGUCAGAAAAAGCGCAGAGCAACUCAGUGACAUCACAGUCCUGCAUGUAGGCAGGUACCAGUGACUGUGCAGCUGCAGGAUAGGGAACUAAUGACGUGGCAGCACUUCUGCAAACCAGAACCUGUGGGACAGAGAAGAUCACAAGCCAAACAUGUGUUAACAGCUCAGAGCAGUGUGACAAAAGGCAAAUAGCAGCCUGACAUACGCAAGCAGGUUUCUAUGGGAGACCGUGGUCUAUGGAACAGAGAAAACUUCUCUUUCAAUGGCUGAAACACCGGGGGCUGAACUGCUACAUGUACGCGCCCAAGGAUGAGCUGAAGCACCGACUGCUCUGGCGAGAGCCCUACACAGAGCAUGAGGCAGCCCGCAUGCGGUCUCUCAUCGAAGCUGCCCAAGAACAGGGUGUGGAGUUUGUUUUCGCCAUUUCUGCCGGCCAGGACAUGGUGUUUUCGAGUGCCGGGGAUCGGCUCCUGCUGCAGCAAAAACUCAGGCAGGUGGCUGCCAUGGGGUGCCACUCCUUCGCGCUGCUCUUCGAUGACAUCGACCCCUGCAUGUGCCAAGCCGACAGAGACGUCUUCCCCUCCCUGGCGCAGGCUCAGGCGUCUGUGGCCAACGAGGUGUACCGGGAGCUGGGCCAACCCUCCGUCUUCCUCUUCUGCCCUACAGAGUACUGCAGCUCUCUCUGCUCUCCCAGCCCCACCAAGUCCUGCUACUUGCUGACCCUCGGCCAGGAGCUGCUCCCAGGGAUCGGUGUCAUCUGGACAGGCCCAAAGGUGGUGUCACAGGAGCUCUCAGCCACACUGCUGGAGGAGGUGGAGGGUGUCCUGCGGCGCCGCCCUGUCAUCUGGGACAACCUGUAUGCCAACGACUAUGACUGCCGACGCGUCUUCCUGGGCCCCUACACAGGACGUGCCCCUGGCCUCAUGCCCAGGCUCCGUGGGCUGCUCCUCAACCCCAACUGCGAACUCCAGGCCAACUUCAUCCCCAUACACACACUGGGCAGCUGGUUUCAGAGCGAGCUGAGGAGCUGUGCCCACACUGAUCACGCAGGGAUGGAGAGUGCCGCAGCCCUGGGGGACAGCCAAGGCAUGCAGGAGGGGAGCUACAGCCCCCAGGAGGCCUUGGAGCUGGCACUGCUUGACUGGGUGGCUGAGAUAAACCGUCAGGCUUUGGAGCCCGGAGGAAGGACCCCAGGACACCCCAGCGUCAGCCUCAAGGGAGGAACAAGGCUGCAGCCCGGCACAGCAGGAGGACAGGAGAUUGUGCCCGACCCCAAGCCCCACAACUCUGUUCCCAGUGAGGCAGACCAGCAUGGCCCUGAGCCCUGCAGCAUGGCACCAGGGGAGGCAAGGAGGAAGGUGACCUCGGAGCCCAAGAAGGGCAGUGGGAGCAGGACCUCUGGUGGUGGUCGGCAAAGCCCCACAGGGGAGGAGGACCAGCUCACCAUGGGGAGUGGAGAGAGCUGUGAGUCCUCCUCUGCUCUGCCCAGCCCAGCUGGGAGUGCCCAGUCCACAGGAACCCAAGUGGCUACCGAGACUCCCCACAGCCCAGACCCCACAAUGUGCUGCAGCAAUGGGGCGAACACCAGCCAGAACCUUCCCCUACCCAUGCCAGGGGAUGCCAUGACAGGGAGUGACAGCCUCCCCCAGCCCCCCAGCGGCACCCAGCCUGAGGCCAGCAGGGCUGACAUGCCCCAGACACCCCCAGGGACUGGGGCUGGUGCCAGCCCUGGCCACCCAGCACCACUCACUGAUGGGGCUGGCGCCAGCCCUGGGCCCAUGGCUCUGCUCACUGAUGGGGCUGGCGCCAGCCCUGGCCCCUCUGCACUGCUCACCGAUGAGGUUGGUGCUAGCCCUGGUCCCACGGCACCAUUGACCCCAGAGGAGGCUGGGUCCAGCCCCACAGCACCGGUGACCCUAGAGGAGGCUGGGUCUGGCCCCAUGGUACCACUGACCCCCAAGGAGGCCAGGACCAGCCCCACAGCGCCGGUGACCCCAGAGGAGGCCAGGUCCAGCCCCACAGCUCCAGUGACCCCAGAGGAGGCCAGGUCCAGCCCCACAGCUCCAGUGACCCCAGAGGAGGCUGGGUCCAGCCCCACAGCACUGGUGACCCUAGAGGAGGCUGGGUCUGGCCCCAUGGUACCACUGACCCCCAAGGAGGCCAGGACCAGCCCCACAGCACCGGUGACCCCAGAGGAGGCCAGGUCCAGCCCCACAGCUCCAGUGACCUCAGAGGAGGCCAGGUCCAGCCCCACAGCUCCAGUGACCCCAGAGGAGGCCAGGCCCAUCCCCAUGGCACCACUGAGCCCAGAGGAGGCUGGGUCCAUCCCUACGGCACUGAUGGCCAUCAAGGAGGCCAGGUCCGACACCACAGCACAGCUGACUCUGGAGGAGGUGCGGAUGCUGGUGGAGCUGUUCUACCUGCCCUACCAUCAUGGGCCACAGGCACAGCAUCUCCUGGAGCACUUCCGGUGGCUCCGGGCAAACAGCCUCAGCGUGGGCAUCCCAGCCACGGCACCCGAUGCCUGUGAGGGCACGCGGUGGCGCAGCCGAGCCCAGUCCUUCCAGCUGCUCUGCGCUCAGACAUGCCGCCUGCACAGCCGCUUCGUCAGCAGUGCCGGACGGGCGCUGCUCUACGACCUCCACCCUUACCUCUGGGACAUCCGCAACAUGCUGCUGGCCGCCAGUGCCUUCGUCCGCUGGCUGGAUGGCCAUCUCCUCUGCGACCCUGACCCCAAGGGCACCUGGGGAAGCUGCUUUGGCUGGUGCCAGAGCAUCACUGCCCCGAUGCUGCUGGGGGGAGAUGCUGAGCCCUGGGCGCGUCGGGGGGGCCUCUUUGGAGAGCUGCAGGCACUGCUGCCUGUGGGGAACAGCUGUGAUCUCUUCUACCACCCACCUCCGCUCUUUCCGUCCAGCCAGCUGUACCUCCUGCGCCCACUGCUGCCUCUGGACAAGGGAGAGCUUUACCGAAUGUGCCAGGAGAGUUUGGACUGUGACCCCAAAGUUGCAGAGAUCCUUGCAGCCCACCCUGAUCUCCUCGGUGACAGGCUGCUGGGCAGCUUCCUGAGCCUGAGCCCCGAGUACACGUUUGUGCUGGAGGAUGAGGGUGGUCCGUGCGGCUACGCAGCCGGAGCACUCUGCGCUGAAGGCUUCCUGCAACAGCGAGACAGCAGCUGGCUGCCGGCCAUACGGCACAAGUACCCCCGAGACCUGGGCGCAGGUGCCUCAGCUCUGGGACAGGAUGCCCUGGAGGAAGCACUGCUCUUCUUCCACGCAGAGCCACCGGCUGUGCCCCUGCCUGUGCUGCGGCGCUUCCCCUCCCUGGUGCAGCUGGGCACGGCCCCCCGAGUGCUGGACGUGGGGGCCAGCCGCAGCCUGGCCAUCUGCCUGCUGAGCGCGCUCAGGGCCAACGGGUCACGGGGAGUGUUUUGCCAGGUCAGUGCCGCUGACCGGCAGCAGCUGAGCUUCUACAGCAAGCUGGGCUUCGUCGCCCUGCCGGUGGCCUGGGGCAACUCCCCUGACGCUCGGCUCCUGGGACGUCUCCUCUGAGCGCACUGCGUCGGGUGCGGGCACGGGGAGGCAGCGCCACGGGACAGGCUGCCUCCCCAUCCCGCACAGCAUCGGCCUGAGGGAGCAGGAGCAGAGGGGCACCUUGAGCAGGGCAGAUACACGUGAUGGGGGACACGGCCUGUGUGGGGACACUGGGAUACGUGCAGGGCACGAGGCUGUGAGGGUCCUUGGGCGACAGAGAAGUAUUUCUGCCAUCUCAGGUGAUUUGGGCAUCAGGGCCUCUCCACUCCUUCCCCAACUGUUCCUGCGUGCUGAGCACCCUCCACGUUUGCUGGGGAGCCAGCAACACCCCCAGGCUGCCUGCAGACCCCCACGGGCAGUAUCUAGGGUAGUGGUCUCAGAGCGUGUUAGCGCUAAGGGAGCAUCCCUGCCCCACAGGCUGGGCUGUCCACCUCUCUCCAUCCUCUGUGUAGCCUUAGCCUGGGCAGCUGGUGCUGGGGCUGGCUCUUGGCACCCAGGACCUUCUUGUCUGUAUGGACCAAUCCGGUAUGGGACACGGUGAGGCAGCCACCAUCACUGCUGCCCAGGGGCUGAGGGAAGUGCUGUCCUUGGCAAUAAAGCAUUUGGUGGACUCUCA